UGCAACUUGCAAUGGCCCGUCCACCUCCCAGUGAUCCUCUUUCAAGCGACGACGACGCCCCAGAAGCAGUCUCUCACUCUAUCUCCAAACGGAACGCCAAGCAGGUGGAGAAAACCCUUCGUGACUUCAAAGCAGAAGAAAACGCACGGAAGAAGGCGCACAAUCGAGAGAGAGAUCGGAAAUUGAAGGAGCGGGCGGUUGUUACGCGUCUGGGGAAACUUCCAGGUGAUGCAGUGCGCAAGGGAAAGGGGAAAGCUUCAAGGGAAUCUAUUGUCGAAAGUGAUGGGUCCUCUGCUGAAGACGAUGAGACGAUUGAGGAUACCGCGUUGGAAAUGCGGAUGCGACGUGCAAUGGAGGAUGCUGCUGGCGAAAUGGAUGGCGGAGAUGAUGAUGAGAGCGGCGAUGACGAUCUAGAAGAUGUAAUGGACGAAGAAAUGGAUGGAGGGUCAGGGGACAGUGACAUGGAUGAGGAGAUGGCAGAGUUCGAUGCUGAAGGCGGACUAGAAGAGGAUGGGGAGAUGACGGAUGGAAGUGAGGACGAAUCAGCAGACGAAGACCAGCCAACUCCCUCAACGAAAUCGUCGACCAAGGCACAAUAUCUGGACGAUGAGCUUUUCGCGUCUGCAUUUGCUUCGCAAAGUGCGCAUGCAACGGCAGAUACGACUGCAACCAGGUCACUACAAAAAGCACAACCAUCGAGAAAACGGCAACGACGACCACUUGCGCGCGCCAAAGACCUUCUUGUCGGAACUCGUACUAUCCGCACCCUAUCCAAUCCACUUGGAUCCAAGAUCCAUUCAACAGCGCACACGAUCCCACCACAAAAAAUACGCAGGUUUAUUAAUCAAAGUCUUGCUAUUAAAGGUCGCCUGGGCUCUGCCAAAGCAAAAGCACGAGGAUGGGAAAGACGGCCAGUGAACGUCGGCAUAAUGAAGUGUAUUGGGGCACCUUCUGGUUUUGUUCGCGACAAGCGAUAAGGCACUGGUGGUGUGCUCGUUAUCAGGAUUUAUUCAGUGUCUCACCCUGCCGCUUCCGUGAUUGCUGUAUGGGAUGACAGAUGGGCUAUAUCUCCUCCUCGAAAUGGCUUCCGACAUCGCAUGCAUACCAUCAAAUUUACGGAGUCGGAAGCGACUGGCGCUACAGGAUUAGUAGUAGAUUAUCCUGGAUAGGGACGAAUAAGCUGUUACUACGGAGCCUGCAAAGAUCUCUUGUCCCCUUG